AUGGCACCUAACAAUGAAGAAGGAAUCACCUACAUGAACCUGAACAACAUCCAGAUGCUUACUGGAUCUCAUUUGAAGGCCUGGAAAAGUGGUGUGGAGUUUUAUCUCAUGAUGCAUGAGAACAUGGAUUUGUGUUUUACUGAUACAGAACCCUAUGGAAUAGAUGCCAGUAGCUCACCUGAUGAGAAGAAAUAUUAUCGAGAUUGGCAUAGAGCAAAUUAUAGGGCUAAGAAUGUAAUGAGGACCACCAUGUCUGAUACUGUGAGGGGUAGCAUAGAUGAACCAGCCCUAGCAGUUGAUUAUAUGGAUGCUAUAGCCGAGAAAUUCAAGGAAAGCAAUAAGGCUGAAGCAACUAGACUCAAUAAGGAGAUGAAUGAAUUAAGAUACACUGGUAGUGGAGGAGUUAGGCAGCACAUAUUGAAGCUUACUGAAUUAAAUGCUGGGCUCAGGGAUCUCGAUAUGGGGGUUAAGGAUGACCAACUUGUUCACAAUGCCUUAGACUCCCUGCCACCUAGUUUUAACACCCUGAGGACUAGCUACAAUGCACAAAAGGAGAACUAG